AUGCAUCCCUCCCUUCUUCUCCUCAGCGCCGCCUUCGGGUCAGCGGCCGCACGUUCCAACCCGUACAUGUUAUACGGCGUACCUAAGGCCCCAGGACUCGAUAUCAACGAAGUCGCAGUCGCCGGUGCGGUAGCAGCAGCGGGAGAGAACACCACGUCUUCCUCCAAUACGACAACGCCUCGGCCUUCCCCAGCCCCUACGGCUCCCAGCACUCCCGGCCUCGCAGAGCCAUGUGCCAUAAUAAGCAGCGCGAUACAAGCCUUACCCUCGGGUAGUCGGAAAGUGGUACCAGCAGAGUUGGGAGUACAGUGUCUACAAUCGGUUCCUCUGGAUAGGGAUGGCAACAUGAAGCUGAUAGACGACCUGAAGCUCUACCUGGAGUGGCAGUCGAACCUCGCAUUCCUCAAGAACCCGCCGCCAGACUACACAGAAGCACCGGUGGACAUAAUGGCGGAGAUGGAGAGCAUGAAGAAGCAGCUCGCAUCGGGUGGCUAUGCAAACGAGUAUGAUUUCCAAUUGGACCUGAACCAGCUAUUCAAUCGAGCCUACGACAACCACCUAGCCUGGCAACCGGAUAUCCUGGCAGGAGUUAUGCAGUUUCAGCGGUCUCCGGGCACAGAACUGGUUUCGGUCUCCUCUGAUGGAAAUGCUCUCCCAGAAAUUUUCGCCUACCGUGACCUGGAGCUCGCCAAGAAUGACAGCUCGUUCCAGCCAUCACCCAUCCGGACUAUCAAUGGACAGGGCGUUGAGGAGUACCUCUCAAAGGUUGCGGUCCAAGCCGACUUUCAUGAUGCGGAUACGAGAUGGAAUGCUCUUUUUCCGAGCCAGUCUCUCAUCGCCACCGGCGUCACCUUCCUUGGUUCAUUUAGGACGGGCCAGUACCAGGGUCCGAACACCAACAUGUCAUUUGCCAAUGGCACGACCAAGUCUACGAUGAAUGUUGCGGUUGUAUUCGGUGACUUCUCUGGUGUCGAUAGUGGGCCUGCCUUCUUCAGCAAGUUCUGCACUGGUCCUUUGCCCACCACGACUACUUCCACGGCCACUGCAACGGCUACGUCGACGGCAGCACCAUCGCAUACGGGGUACCCCAAAGCGAUCAUCAUCCAUCCCAAUCUCUCUAUUGGUGGCUACUUCAUCAAUGAAACUGGAUACGAGGACACUGCGGUUCUCAGUAUUCCCUCCUAUGAAUCACCCGAUGUCCAACUCUUCCAAAACAUCAUGCGCGACUUCAUCCGCAUGUCCGUCAAAGCCAAUAAAACGAAAAUGGUUUUCGACCUCCGCGGUAACGGCGGCGGCAACGCUAUCCUCGGCUAUGAUUCCUUCAAGCAGGUGUUUCCGCAAGCGGACCAGGAGCCCUUCGGCGCCACGCGUUAUCGGGCCAACGAAGCCGUGAACAUCUCCGGCGCGAUGGUGAGCGAGUUCAACGCAAACCAGACGUACGUACAGACCAACGAGACCGCGUUUGCCGAGAACUUCAACGGCAGCACACCGGAAGAUAUCUUCUUGUAUACCGUGGGGCUUAACUAUCAGCAUCAGCUCGAUGUGAAUGAUGAAGCUAUCCAGAGCUGGGAUGAGAUGUUUGGACCGGAAGUGAUUAACGGAGAUAACUUCACUUCGACUAUUCGAUACAAUUUCAGCGACGAGGCGAGCUAUACGUAUCCGGGAUUCUCGGUCAUCGGGUUUCUGAAUAACUCGAACGAGACAAGCACUCCGCAGCCGUUCAAGGCGGAGAACAUGGUCUUGCUGCACGACGGCAUGUGCUCCUCCACAUGCACCAUCGCCUCCGAGCUCCUCAAGAACCAAGGCGGCGUCCGCACGAUCGCCGUAGGCGGCCAGCCCAAGCUCGCCCCCAUGCAAGGCAUCGGCGGCACCAAAGGCGCGCAAAACUUCGAAUGGGACGAUAUACAAAUCCGCACCCAGAUCGUCUACUUCCUCGGGAGCCCAGAACAGCAGGCCCAAUGGAACGACACCGCCCUCGGGAGAACCGCCUUCGCAGAGCAGCUCUUCAAGCGCACUGUAUACAGCGGCGGGCGCCCUGCAGGCGGCAUCAAUCUCCGCGAUAACCUGCGCCGCAACGACACAAGCCAGACGCCGCUGGAGUUUAUCUACGAAGCUGCGGAUUGCAGGAUGUUCUACACGGCGCCUAUGAUCAACGACGUCACCAUGGUGUGGAAGGGCGUGGUCGACCGCAUGUUCCGCAAUGGCACGGCGCAGUGUGUCCAGGGCAGUACGGGGGAUCCGUCGAGUAUUAGCGGCGGGGGCCAGGUCAAGGGCGGGAGUGUGCCGCCGCCGCUGCCGCCGAACCAGGGUGCGGAGCUGUCGAACGCUGGAACUGCGUGGCGGGCUGGAGGCAGGACGGGAUGGUUGGCCGUCGCGACCGUUAUGAUGGGCAUGUUGUAUGUAUGA